CUUAGCUCCCACAAACGGGCCCAUACCACCACAAGUUCCGGAAGUGCUAUCUGACUAUCGCAACACCGACAUUCGACAGUGGAAGUUCGCGACGACUCCCUUUGAGAGACUUCCUGUUUGUCCGACCGGUCGCUGAAAUCAAUCCGCCAAAAUGGUCAAGAAGAGAGCGUCCAACGGACGUAACAAGAAGGGCCGUGGUCACGUCAAGCCCAUCCGAUGCUCCAACUGCUCGCGAUGCACUCCUAAGGACAAGGCUAUCAAGCGAUUCACCAUCCGUAACAUGGUUGAGUCUGCUGCUAUCCGUGAUAUCUCAGAUGCCUCUGUCUUCACCGACUACGCCGUUCCUAAGAUGUACUUGAAGCUUCAGUACUGCGUUUCUUGUGCCAUUCACGGCAAGAUUGUCCGUGUCCGCUCUCGUGAGGGUCGUCGCAACCGUGCUCCCCCUCCUCGUAUCCGGUACAACAAGGAUGGCAAGAAGCUGAACCCCCAGCAAGCCGCCAAGACGGCAUAAGGGAAUAAAUGUUGAUAAUCAAACAAUAUUCCUUUGAGUUUUUUUGGACGCGCUGCUUGUGGAGUUUUUGCAAAAUAAUGGGAUACGGAUUGAGCAGAAACGAAAGGAGAACAAAAAUAAGAAAAGCAAGCGUCGAUAGUUGUUUUCCCCUAUUCGACGUGGUUAAAGAAUAAGGGUAUAUUGAAAAUUGACCUUUGCUCUUUUUACCAUUUUCACCAACAUCUCUUGUUUUUCUUUUCCUUUGCCAUGAUGGCUGGUACAGGGAAAUUCUUUAAAAUUAUAGAGAUGAUUUGGGAGGAAAAAAAUUCCUCGUAAUGAAUCGCGAGGUUGCCCAUCUCAGUUCCAGAUGUUCGUAUUUUUCUAACUAGCUACAAUGUACUAGGAUGGUUCCACGAGCAUGCUAAAAUAAGAGAUGGAUUUAUGUACCUUUUUUUCUUUGUUCGAUCCGAAUAUUUACAAGCCUAC